AAUAGCUCAUUGUACGUCUCAACAUUUAAACAGAUGGCUAUAGCAUUUUGCAACCAUGUUGUUCUCUGUGGGCAAAUCUUUAAAAGUCUUGCUUUGUAUUUUGAUGAUCUUCAAUCAUUCUGACGCGCUUCCUUCGAGCAAUUAUACAGCAUUACGGAACAGCCUUAUCGAAGAAGAGAAGAGCGUCGCUUUUGGCGCCAAAAUAAAACUAACUGGAUAUGAAAUACGUGCCAACGAAUGUUUGAUGGCUGCCAAAUGGAAAGAAGUCGACGAUGGUUUUGACAAUCCAACAAAAUUCCUACCUACUAAGAACUUUCUCAGUGCUCGCGCGGACAUCGAAAAAUCGAAGGUAUUCAAGAUCCUUCGAGAGAUGCCCAAAGGUGUGGUAUUCCAUGCUCACGCCUCAGCCAUAACUUCUCUCGACUUUAUUAUGAACAAUAUGACCAACAUGCCAAAUCUCCACAUUUGCCGUGAUAAGGGCACUCUACGGUUCCGGUUUUUCGAGAAACCCGACAGUUCUUGUAACUGGGAGCUGCUCCAGAAUGUCCGAAGGGCUGAACCAAACAUAGAUGAGGCAAUAAGGAGUAGGCUUGAACUCAGGGAUGAAAAUAACAACGAAGUCAAUGCUGUUUGGAAGAAGUUCGAGAGUAUAUUGGAUAUUAUGAGUGGGUUGGUAAAUUAUAGACCUCUUUUCGAGAAAUUCCUUUACGCGGGUAUGCAAGAACUCUACGACGACAACGUUAUGCUCAUGGAAAUACGCUCGGGAAAAUCUGCUUUGUACGAACUCAAUGGGACUACAUACGAUUAUAUGUAUGUUCUUCAGGUCUACAAAGACGUAUCAGACAGAUUUGUCAAAGAACAUCCAGGUUUCUUGGGGUUGAAAGUGAUUUACGCCCCUUAUAGAAAAGUGUCUCAGGAAAAGUUCGAUGAUUACGUGAAAAUCUUCAGACAAAUGAAAGCUGCCUAUCCAGACUUCGUCAUCGGCUUUGAUUUGGUGGGACAAGAGGAUAAAGGACAUCCACUGAUCGAUUUCGCUGAUAAAUUGCAGGAAUUGGGCAAGGAAACCCCGUUCUUUUUCCAUGCUGGAGAAACUAACUGGUACGGUCAUACCACCGACGAGAAUCUUUAUGACGUUGUUUUGCUGAAUACAAAGAGAAUCGGACAUGGAUUCGCUCUGCUAAAACAUCCAAAGCUCAUGGAAAUUGUAAAGGAAAAGAAAAUUUGCAUUGAACUCAACCCCAUUUCCAAUCAAGUACUGGCUUUGGUUCAGGAUAUGAGAAACCAUCCAGCGAGUUAUUUCUUCGCGAGAAAUUUCCCCGUAGUCGUAUCCAAUGAUGAUCCCAAUCUUUGGGGAUCCAAGGGCCUGAGCUACGAUUUUUAUGAGACGUUUAUCGGCAUUAUGUCUCGCAAUGCCGAUUUAAAAGCCCUUAAGCAGUUGGCGAAAAACUCGAUUACUUACAGUGGGAUGACCGAACAAGAGCAGGAUAAUGCCAUGAAAAUUUGGAAUGAAGCAUGGGCCAAGUUCGUUAAAUCUCUUGCUGAGAGGUGUAAAUAAUGUUAUAUGUUCGCUUGUAUAAAAAAUAAUAACUUACUGAUACUGUUGGCUAUA